AUGAAAAGAAUCAAAUCUAAACUUUGCUUAAUUAUCUAAUAUGCCAGAAUUUUUAUUAGUAAAGAAAUUCGAAAUUCACUACAAUAAUUACAUUCAUAAAUAAAGAAAUAUUACAUAAAAAAUUACAAAGUUGACUAUUAAAAUAAUUUAUAAUUAAGUCUAUUAUCAUUAAAUAUCAAUGAUUUAGACUUCAAUAUAAUCUUAAGAAAUUGUUUGGAUAGUAUACUAUAUAUGACUAAAAAUACAAACAAUUCUAUAGAUAAUUUAAUAAUAAAAAAUGUUGAACCAAGAAUGUUGUCAUUAAAUUAAAAUGAAGGAUAGAAUUGA